AUGCAACUCCUUAUUCUUGUUGCCCUUUUCUUCCUCAAGUUCGUUGUGGCCGACGUCGACAUCUCGGAUCCAUCCUCAGGCGACUCUUUCAAAGUCCUGGGCGGUGUGGCCAAGGUCAGCAUCAAAUGGAAGGACAGCUCAGACGACUCGGACGACUCAGACUCCCUUUCCAAGGUCAAGUCCUACGCCAUCGUCUUGUGCACUGGUUCUAACAGUAAUAUUGGUACUGUUACCACGCUCGAGAAGUCCUUGCUGUCUAAGCUGACCUCGUACGAUGCUGAGAUCAAAUCAAACGCUGCUCCAAACGGUCAGUACUUCAUCCAGGUGUACGCCGUGUUCCCUGACGACGGCUACACCAUCCACUACACUCCAAGAUUCAAGUUGACUGGCAUGUCUGGUGAGACCAACACAUUUACAUUCCCUGCUAGUUUGUUUUCCGUGACGGGUGACCAGCCUUCGCCCGUGCUCCAGGCCGCAGGCGAUAACACUGAUGUGAACUCCAAGUCUUUCUCAGUCACCUACACUUCGCAGACCGGUAAGACCAAAUACGCUCCAAUGCAAACCCAACCAGCCACCACUGUCACCGCUACUACAUUCUCCAGGAGACACCCCACCUCGGCAUACACCCCAUACAAGUCGAUCAGCCCAUCGCCCAACGCAUUGUCCACCAUCACUCCUGGCUGGGACUACUCUGUCACCUCGAAGGUGAACACGGCCUCGGUGGCUGGCUACCCUACGUACUUUUACCCUGCCUCGUCGCGGGUUAAGCAGGCCACUCUCAGUGCACAGAAGAAGAGAAGAUGGCUCGACUAG